AUGUCAAUCCCAGACGACACCUCCACCAAUGCCGCCCCCCCAACAUCACCCAAACGCGCCGCACAAGACGACCUAGCAACCGAACCCGAGUCUCAACCCCCAGCCACGAAACGGUCCCGCGCCACGAGCCCCUCGCAAGACGACGACGACGACGACGAUAGCGAGGCAAAGACGAGAGCUACGACGGCGGCGAUGGCGAAUGCGUCCCUGACGGCGGGCGAGGGCGAGGGCGAGCGGGACGUUAGUGACGUUGCAGCGGCGGCACAAACGACACAGAUACAGACACAACCAGCGGCAGAAGCAGCAGCACACGAAACGCCAGAGACGACAACGACACAGCCUCCCCCGUCUGCGCCAAAGACCAAGAUGUGUGGAGUGUGUCACGAAAAAGAGGGAAAGUACAAGUGCACGCGCUGCGCAUUACCAUUCUGCUCCGUCCCGUGUAACAAGACGCACCGCGAGAACCACCCGCCCGAUCCCGAACCGGCGCCGAAACCUGCCUCAGCCGCCGUCGAGCCCCCUGCGCCGAGCAGCGCCGCCGCCGCCGCCCGGGACCCAAGAAACCCAUUUAGCGUCCUCGACGACUCGGACCAGCUCCGGUACCUCUUCCGACGGUACCCGACGCUACAGACGCAACUCCUCGAAAUCUUCGCCGCCACGGAGCCGCCGCCGGAGUUGCAGUCCACGGGGAGCAGCCUCAACGACAUGAUGAAGGCGCGGGCGUUGGCGGCCGCGAACCCGAAAAAGGAGCAGUGGACGCACGACGUCGGGAUCCGCAAGGGGAAGGAGGCGCUGCGGAGGGCCAGGGCCGCAGACGGUGAGGACGGUGAGGGCGUCAGGGAGUACGUCGAGCUCAUCAAUCACCUCAUGUCGCAGGCGAGCGCGGCGGCCGAGGCUGAGGAGGUAAUUAGGAAACAGGCGGCCGAGAAGGAUGCCGAGCUGAUUAGGCGCCUCAUGACGGAGGACCGCGGGUGA